AUGGCCGAUGUGGUAAAAGAGUAUAGACGAGCAGUAAUCCUACGGUUCGGGAGAGUGCGCAAGGACUCCCCCGCCGGGCCUGGCAUCAUCUGGGUGAUCCCUUGUACAGACUCCGUCAUUCAGAUAGACCUCAGAACUCAGUCUAUCAACUUGCCACCGCAGCUGAUUUUAACUAAGGAUUAUGUGACGGCUAAUGUGGGUGCAGUAGUAAACUACCGUGUUUAUAAUCCCCUGCAUUGCUUGUUGAAUAUUCGCUCACACAUGGAUGCGACUGAGAUGUUGACCAUCUCCGUCUUGAGAAAUAUAAUCAGUAAACAUUCACUGACGGACGUGCUAGCGCUUCGAGAGUCAAUCAGUCUGCAGGUGAAGACUGAAGUAGCAAAAUCGGCAGCUGACUGGGGCGUCAAAAUAGAACAAGUUGAAAUAAAAGACAUUGGACUACCUGUGGAACUGCAAAAAGCAAUGGCUGCAGAAGCGGAAGGAAGACGAACUGCGAAAGCAAACAUUAUUGCUUCUGAGGGGGAAGUGAAAACCGCAGAAUACUUGACGGAAGCAUCAAAAAUGAUGGAGCAAAAUCCACAAAUCAUGCUGUGUCUAACCAAAGAUUCCCUAACUCUAACUGUGCAAGCGGUAGUUUACUUCAGAGUGAUAGAACCACUAUGGUCAAUAGUCAACGUAGCAGAUUUCAACAUGUCGACUAAGUAUUUGGCGGCAACUGCUCUUCGAAAUACUAUUGGGAGACAUAGACUGUCAGAACUUCUCUACAACAGAUCUGAAAUUAGCAUUGAAGUUUUAGAGGCCAUGGAGAAUUUGACAACUAAAUGGGGCGUCUAUGUCAUAAGAAUUGAAAUGAACAAUAUAUCAAUACCACUCCAGUUAAAGCAAGCUAUGGCGACAGAAGCUGUAUCACUAAGAUUAUCGAAUGCCAAGAUCAUGGUGGCCCAGGCUGAAAUAGAGUCGGUCAAAAGUCUGGAAAAGGCUACCUCUAUGUUGAUGGGCAACCCCAUUGGGAUGCAGUUAAGAUACUUACAAUCGCUUCAAUCGAUUGCAGGUGAAAAAACUCAUACAAUAGUGUUUCCUUAUUCAAAAGAUAUGUUGCGCAGUAUGUUUGCUAAAUAG